CAGACAACGCGGCGGCGAUGUCCGCGAGCCCGGCGAACGCCGCGGCGGUAGCGGCGGGGCCUGGCGCGUGGCUGGGCGGCCUGGGCUGCGGCCUCCCCGCCGGUCCCUGGAAGCGGGCGCGCGGCGGGCGCGGGAGCAGUGGCGGAGGCCCCGGCGCGUCCUUCUGCCCCGCAGCCUGAGCCCGGGCGGCUGGAGGGCUCCGCUGCCCGAGGAUGGGAAUUCUCUUCACCCGGAUCUGGAGGCUGUUCAAUCACCAGGAGCACAAAGUUAUCAUUGUUGGGCUGGAUAAUGCAGGGAAAACUACCAUCCUUUACCAGUUUUCCAUGAAUGAAGUUGUACAUACAUCCCCUACAAUAGGAAGUAAUGUGGAGGAGAUUGUGGUUAAUAAUACACGUUUCCUGAUGUGGGAUAUUGGAGGUCAAGAAUCCCUUCGAUCUUCCUGGAACACUUACUAUACUAACACUGAGUUUGUAAUAGUUGUUGUGGACAGCACAGACAGAGAAAGAAUUUCAGUAACUAGAGAAGAGCUCUACAAAAUGCUGGCCCACGAGGACCUAAGAAAAGCUGGAUUGCUGAUUUUUGCUAAUAAACAAGAUGUUAAAGAAUGCAUGACAGUAGCAGAGAUCUCCCAGUUUUUGAAGCUAACGUCUAUAAAAGACCACCAGUGGCAUAUCCAAGCAUGCUGCGCUCUUACUGGCGAGGGGUUAUGCCAAGGACUCGAGUGGAUGAUGUCACGGCUGAAGAUCAGAUGAUCUCUACUGACCUCUUCUCACAGACUCUGUAUCAACAAAGUGCUGGACUUUACCUGAAAGCUGCAAGAAAACGGUUGAGAUAUAUUUAUAAUAACUGACUUAAGAGUUUUUCUAUAAGAAGAAAAAUGAAGACCACUUAUUUGAAAACAAAGAUGAAACGUCACCACCCAGUUUGCUCUCAUUACUUCCAAAGUGCAUCGAAGCUGUGACUGACAUUUCUCACGAUGAAUCCUCUCAGGAUAUGGUAUAGCUGUGGCGAGUAUGAAGGGAGAGGAAGACAUUUGAACUGUAGAGCUUUAUUGUCCGAGUGCUUUGCCCUCCCCACCCCACCCCAAGUUGAAUGUUCCCUUCUCAUUACAUUGAAUCAAAAUACAAAUCAGCACAGAUACCGUUCCCAGUUUUUAAAAAUGUAAUAUUAUGGAAAGUAUUUUGCUUAAAGUUGAAUAUGUAUUGUGUAUAUACCUCAAGUUCAGGUUAAUGGCUUUGAUUUGUGUUCUAACGAAAAGCAGAUGACACAAUAAUAACCUUAGUUAUUAUUAUUACCCUAAUGUUAUUCAGUCCCAACGUUGGUGUUAAGGGUCAUUUUUGUAGUUUCCCCUCUGUUCUCUGUAUUGUCCUAACAAGCCAGCCCUGACCUAGAAUUGUUGAGCUGCUCCUUAGAAACAAAACAGGAAAAAGCUUGACAUUGUAUACCAAUUUCUCUUGCUCAGUAAUUGAGAUGGACAAACGUAACACAAGUGAGUAGAAUGUCUGCUAGACUCCUGGCCAGGAGUGACUGGGCAGAAUUACAGAGUGAGCAGUUACCAGACUUUCCCUUCUGUUGAUCCUAUGCCAACUCAGCUACUAAUCAGUCAUAAGUUGUGAUUAAAACUACCAGGUCAUUUUUAAUUGAAAAUCAUGGUGUGAAAUAGAUCUGCCCAAAGAGGAAAUAUUCUAUAAAUAGUAGUAAUUAAUUUAGCUGCAGCUUUUUAGGUGUAACAUGACAAACAGCUAAAAAUGAAUUUGAGAGUAAGCAUAAGGCAUAGUUUUCAAUGAACAUUGAUAAUUUCUCAAUUUGCAGAUUUAUUUGUUUCUGUAGGUUUUCUUAACAUGUUCUUCUACUGCAUAAAAUAGCUUGUUUAAUAGUUAGGAAAUCCAAAUACUCUGAAUGCUUUCAAGAAUUUGAUUGAAAAUUUGACAUGUUACAUUAUUUGUACUAGAAGUCAUUUGAUCCAAAACACCUUUUAUAUUUGCUUUUUUUUUAAAUUUAUCUAAAAGUUGAAGGUAUUUCUGUCAUAACUAUAAACAAAAUUACCAUGUGUUUUAACAUAUUCUUGGUGACUCUAUAUGCCUUUUGUGCCCUGGAAAUUUGAAGGUUAGUCAAAACUGUCAAGAUUUAGGAUAUUCAAAAAAAAAAAUUUAACUAGUUUUAGUAUCAGCUUUAAAAUUUCCUAAAGAUUUUGAUAAGAACUAGAAGUCCACAUUACAAGCAUUAAUGGAACUUUGAAAAAUCUUUCGUUAAAUGUGAGACACUUAACUGUCUAAACCCAUCGGGUGCAGAUGAGUGUUAACAGGGAAAAAUCUUUCGUUAAAUGUGAGACACUUAACUGUCUAAACCCAUCGGGUGCAGAUGAGUGUUAACAGGGAUGCUUUGUGUUUGAGAUCUGCUGUAAGCCUCCCAGUACACUCUCAGCAUUUAAUGUUUGCCCACCUGCUCUGAGAAAAUCAGCCCUCCAUCACUGGGCUUUGUAGUGCUAAGUUCUGGUCAUACGUUCUCAUACUUCAGAUCACGAUGAGAGGUUUCCUCUGGUGUAUUAGAAAAUCCCCUUAAAGACUCACAUCUACUCCGUAGUUUUGUUAAAGGCAAACAGCCUCUAAUGGAGCCCUUCCCACCCCUCCAGAGCCCAGACCUACAGCUUGCUAAAAAGCUAAAUUUUUAUUUUUUAAUUUGAGUAAUCAUGUGCAUAGUUGCUUGGAUCACUGUUACAUCAGUUCAACACAUACCAGCACAUUCUGAUGUUGCCAGGGUAUUGGCUAAACUUUGUUCUUAGUUGGAUGUUUAAAGCGUUUGCUCCGUUGGUAAGGUUGGCGUAGUGCAGUCAGUUACUGACAUGUCAUAAGAAAGCCUGAAACUUCACCCCUUUCACAAAAUACGAGGUUUUUGGCUUUUUAACCCUUUUAAGCGAAGCAUCAAAAAGUAUGAUGCCUGUGUACUUGUACAUAAAAACAAAACUAUAACUGAGUAAAAAGAGUUUUAAUAUAUGAAAAUAUCAAAACAUCAAACAGUAUUAGGCCUAAAUAUGGCGGAGUACCCCUUGACGUCGUGCUGGCAGUUUACAUGUCAUGGGGCAGAACUCAGCAAGCCCUGUGGUUUCAGAUGUUCAUAUGCGACUUCUGGGUGUAAACAAACAUCUCAUUUAACCUCACUGUGCUCAGCUCUGAAAAGAACAAAGAUUUAUACCUCUGUACAUGUGAAUAGAUUUAAGUGUCCCGUUUUGAUACUGAUUUUGAAAGUUGUUUAACUUCUCUUGAUACCUUGGUAAAAGUGGCCAUAAGAUAAAUCAUUUGAAUAUAUUUGAUUUUGUCAUAACAUUUAUAAAGUGUAUGUUUCCCAUCAUAUUGAGAGUUUUAUUUUAAAAAUUCAGUUCCCCUUAUAUUUCUAGCACACCUUGGCCGUCAUAGUAGACAAAGAACACAGAGAAGGCAAGUGGGCUGGGCAGUGGGGAAUGGGUCUUCAUUUUCUUGUGACGUUUUGCCUUAAGAAUAAAAAGGUGCAUUAGCACUGCUGGUUGGCAUUUUGAAUGCAGGUGGUAAACCUAGUCUUACAUAAGCAUAGCAUGAGAUAGAGGAAUAAGAGUUGGUUUCCUGGCCUUGAAGAAGUGCCUCAUAGGUAGUCACGGGAAGUCGCAGGUAAGUGUGGCGAGUGUGAGGACAGGCAAGAGGUCCCUAAGGUGUCUUUUCCUUUUGUCUGAGUGUAUAGUAUUAAGAAGCCGAGAAGAGGGAUGCUAUUGGUCCUCUCUUCCAGGCACUUUAUAUUUCUUGCUGUAACUACAGCAAUCACAUACAGUACAGACAACCUCAAAUCUGUUUAUAUUAGUGUAAAUAAAAAAAUCAUAGCCAGCUGUCUAGUUUUCUCUGCAGGCAUUUUUGGGAAUGCAUCUAUAGUCUGUUCUACUUUGUUAAUAGGGGAUAACAGCACAUCCUAGAUCUUAUGUGAACUUUGGGAUCUUCUAAUUGCCCUUGGUAUCCUGGUAUCAUUCUCAUUUUCAAGGCAAGGUAGAGAAGGUUUCUUUAUACAGCAGAUUUGACCACUUCAUUCUCCAAAUGCAACGUGGAGUUUCUUGUUCAGGAGCAACUUUCAGAGCUCAGCUAGCCCUUACUGUCCUAGAUGUUUGCUGACCACCAAUGAAGGUUGCUCGUUUUCAUCUAAGGGGAUCCAUUGUUCCCAGACCACUGGGUUUUCAGUAACGACUUUAAUUCUGUUUGUCCACCUACCGUGACUUGACCCACUGCUGGGGACCUUUGCAUCACCAGAGAUUCUGAGUCUAUCAGGAGACUAGAUUCAGGUUGUGGUAUAGAGAUACCAGUAGAAGACUCAUGUUAUACUAUAUUUAGCCCCCUAAUUCUACUUAAUAUUAACUUCUUAAGCUGACAGCUAGAUUCAGAAAGACAAGAAAAAUACAUAGACUAUUUCAGGUCCUUGAGCUAUGAUUUAGGACCAAAGGCCAUUGCUACAUUCACAUUAUCCUCAUAGAAACAAGAUUGGUGAUGUUUUGGAGAAUACCAGUUCAGCUGGCUUAAGAUGGGGAAGGUUGACAAAACAAGACUGUAUAUAGGGUUGAACCUGAAGACAGCCUAAGUUGAUUUCCCACAUUCCAUUUUUCUUCAUGUUUGCUUAAAUAGCAAAGAUCAGCAUUAAAUGUCUAAAGGAAUUUGUAACUUGAGACCUGGUAUUACAAAAUAAACUUGCUGAAACAAGCUUUAAAAGACAGCAAAAUAUGCAGUAUGUGGUGGUGUGACUCUGUAAUUCCAGCAUUCAAAAUGUGAGACAGGAGAAUUGCUGGGAGUACAAGGUCAACCUGGGCUGAAUAGGAUCAGCCACCAAGACUACAUAGCAAAAGACUAUCACAAAAAGGAAGGAAGGAAGGAAAGAAGGAAGGAAGGAAGGAAGGAAGAAAAACAGCCAGCAAUCAACUAUCAUGUGUUUCUGUGGAAUCAGAUGUUAUAGAAAAUAAAGACUCAGGAUGCUACUUAAAAUACAACUUCUGUGCCACGUUCCUCAGCAGGUGCAAUCGUUUAAGACCAUGAUAGUGGAGUAAAGGAAAGAGCAGAAUUAAGCACUCUGGAUGCUUAAGAAGUGAGUGUAUUUAACCCUAAAAUUGUUUGAAAUUGGGAAGAAAUGUAACAGGAUACAAUUGGGCUAAUUAUGCAAUAUUUCAUCUUUUCAAUUCUCUAACUCUGUACUGUUCCUAAAACGGAAGAGUGAGUCUCUUUGGUGUUGCCUGCUCAAUGUACGGAUCUUUGGUAGACAUUUCUCAUAGUGUGUACUUAAGAAGUGCCUGACAUUGAUUUGUGUUGAUUUCUAAGUCCAUGUAAUAAAUGAUACGUGUUUUCUAUGGUAUCAUA